AUGGCGGCGCCCUUGAGGGUCUGGGGGCUGCUUCUUCUCACCCUCGGGUCCUUCGCCCGUGCUGCGGAUGGGGACGAGGACGCAACCUCGUCUGGCUCCUCGUCCUCCACUUCCGAAGAGUCUGGCAUCAUCAUCCUCACGGGCACUCACACUACACCUCCGGACAGGCCCACCUUCACCCAGGCCUCGACCAUCACUCUCGCCACAACCACCCUCACUGGGUCCGACCUAGAGACCGCCACUGAGAAUGCCACAGGGUCAGAGACUGGCUCGGGGACCGUCACCUUUCUCACCGGAUCUAUCACCGGCACGGCUACGGGCACUGCAACGCUCCCCGGCAACUUCUCCGUCACCCCGUCAUCAACUUCCACGGCCCCGACCGUAGUGAACACCCAGCCUUGCAACAACUAUGUCGAGUUGUGCGACCGCAAGUACAGCAACAUCACCAUGGUUGGAUGCCAUAACUCGCCCUUCGUGAGGCCUGGGAACCUCGCCUCCAACCAGGCCUUGGAUGUGACGCAGCAGCUCAACGACGGCGUGAGGUUUCUCCAGGGUCAGAUGCACUGGAAUGCCAACGACACCGUCCCUCACUUCUGCCACACCACCUGCGACAUCUUUGACGGCGGUCGCAUCACAGAAUGGCUCACAGAAGUCAAGAACUGGGUUGCCGCCAACCGCUUCGAAGUCGUCACCAUCCUGCUCGAGAAUGGCAACUACUCCACCCCGGACCAUUACGUGGACUACAUUAACGAGACGGGCAUCCUGGACUAUGUUUACACGCCGCCCUAUCAACCUAUGAACUUGACCACAUGGCCUACCCUGGCCGAGAUGAUCAUCUACAACACUCGCGUGGUUCUCAUGUUGGACUACAUGGCCAACCAGACCGCCUACCCAUGGUGGAUCGAUCAGUUCAGUAACAUGUGGGAGACACCGUUCGACCCGACGGACCAGAACUUCCCCUGCGUCGUUGAGCGCCCUGACCCAAACAUGCCCAUCGAGCAACUCAAGAACAUGAUGUACCUCACCAACCACAACCUCAACGCCGAGGUCUCCAUUCUGGGCCAAUCCAUCCUUGUUCCAGACGUGUCUCAGCUCAAUCUGACCAACAACUAUACUGGCUUCGGCAGUCUCGGCCUUGCCGCCAACAACUGCCGCGCCACGUACGAUCGGCCGCCCACCGUCCUGAACGUGGAUUACUACAACUUUGGCGGCUCAGAGGACUCCGGCGCCGUCUUCAUGGUCGCAGCGGCCAUGAACAACGUCACAUACCGCGGCGGGUGCUGCGGCAAGGCCUCUACGAGCGACUCGCCGCAGGGCCCAAGCCCCAUGUUCUGGUACGAGGGGAGGAAGAACGACCGGCGGGCCGUGGCCGUGUUCAUGCUCGCCUGGGUCACCUGGAUUCUUUUGGUCUAG